AUGAAAUUCUCUGCCUCUUCAAUCUUGGCCUUCUCAGCCCUUGCCACUUCAGUCGCAGCUGUCCCUGCUCGCAGUCCUUACCAGAUUCGUGAGCACCACGCUCAUAACCUUCACCAACUCGACAAGCGUGAAAUCGUUUAUGCAACCGUCCACCAGUACCGCUACUUUUACCAGAAACAAGUCGUUUACGUCGACCAAGAUGGUGCUCCCUUCUCCACUGGUUGGGAAGUCGUCUCUGUAGCCACUGAGCACUCAAUUCCUACUUCUUCUCAGGUCGCUGCUGCAACAGAUGCUCCGGUUUCUACUUCUUCUUCUUCUUCUUCCGCUGCUGUUGAUACUCCUACAACUACCUCUACUCCUGUUGAUACUCCUACUCCUACUUCUACUUCUACUUCUUCCUCUUCUUCCUCAUCAACUCCUGUCCCAGAACCUACUACCACCGCUGCUCCUACUUCUACCUCUAUCUUUGUUCAGAACUUGAACAAUCUUGCUUCUGAAUCUUCUGCCGCUGAUUCUGAAGAUGAUAAUGAUGAAGAUGACACUGAAACUUCUUCUUCCGAAACACCCGUUGUUCCUACCACCACCUCUUCUACCUCCACUCCUACUCCUGAACCUACCACCUCUUCUACUUCUACUACUUCCACUUCUACCUCUACUCCUACACCUACCCCCACACCUACUCCCACUCCUACACCCACACCCACCCCAUCUCCUUCAACAUCCUCCACCUCCACCUCCACUCCUACCCCUGAAACUUCUUCUACUGAAGCCCCUACCUCAACUACCCUGGCUGUUGUUGUCCCCACCACUUCUUCUACCACCUUAGCUGUCGCCACCUCUUCUACUUCUUCUUCUGCUGCUGCUGACUCCACUGCUACUCUUGCUGCCAAUGGUGGUGACUCAUCUUCCAGUGGUUCAACUUACUCUGGUGAUGGUACUUACUACGAAGCUGGUCUUGGUUCUUGCGGUUACACAAACACUGACUCUGAUUACAUUGUUGCAAUCUCCCAUGUCCGAUUUGAUGCUGUUAACCCUGGUAACCCUAAUAAUAACCCUCUCUGUGGUAAGAAGAUUCGUGCCUUUUAUAACGGGAACUCUGUUGAUGUCACUGUGGUCGAUAGAUGCCCUGGAUGCACUGAAAACUCUCUUGACUUUAGUCCUUCAGCCUUCCAACAGUUGGGAGAUUUGGAUUUGGGUCGUAUUGAAAUCACUUGGGAUUUCCUUUCCUAA